GUUUUGAAUUUUGUCAUAAUUUCUUUUGAAUCAUUUUUUUGGUUUCUAUUUUCAACUGAUUUUUUUUUGUUUAUCGUGUCUGUUUUUUGUUUCUGGAUUCUCGACAUUCACUACAUUUUUUACAUUUCCAUUAUUCUUCCUUGAAACAAGAUGACAUCGCCAACAAAUCUAUCAUCGGCAACGACAACACCAACGCCACGUCCAAUACCACAAUUUUUUAAUGAUUAUAAUAAUUUGACAACCAAACGUGAACGUUAUAGUUCAACACCAAAAUGUAAACAAUUACCACCUCGACCACCAUCAAAAUCAUUUCAACAAUAUAGUCGUUUAUCAUUUACAUUGAAUCAUUCAUCUUGUCAUCCACAACAUAAUUCGAAUCAAUCAAAUCAACAACAGCAACAACAAAAAGCUCGAAUAAUAUCUUUUAAAAAUGAACAACAACAAUCAAAAUUAUCACCAUUGUAUAAUGAUCAUCGAAAAGAAUCAUAUUUAAAACAAUGUUAUCAAGUUGAAGAACUUAUUGGUAGUGGUUCAUUUGGUGAUGUAUUUCGUUGUCGUAAUCGUUGGAAUCAACGUUAUUAUGCUGUAAAAGUAUCCAGGGAAAAAUUUAAAGGUAGAAUUGAUCGUGAAGAAAAACUGAAUGAAGUUUGUAAACAUGAACAACUACCGGAUCAUGAUCAUCUGGUUAAAUUACAUUAUGCAUGGGAAGAAAAACAACGUCUUUAUAUUGAACAAGAAUUAUGUGCCGGUACAUUAUCAAUGUUAGCCGAUAAUAAUCAUGAUUUGAAUGAAUCAAUAAUAUGGGCAAUUUUAGUUGAUUUACUCAAAGCAUUGGAUCAUCUGCAUUCAAAUAACCUGAUUCAUUUAGAUAUCAAACCUGAAAAUAUAUUCAUUUCAAUGGAUGGUAUUUGUAAACUUGGUGAUUUUGGCCUAAUAUUCGAUAUGAAUAAUGAAUUGAAAGAAGCAAUGGAAGGUGAUCCAAAAUAUUUGGCCGGUGAAAUUAUGCAAGGAAUAUUUACAAAAUCGGCUGAUAUAUUUUCAUUGGGCAUGACUAUAUUAGAAAUUACAAGUGAUUUAGAUCUACCAAGUCGUGGUGAUGCAUGGCAUUGGUUACGUAAUGGUAAUAUACCUGAUUAUCUUUUUAAACAUCGAAGUGAUGAUCUUAAACAGAUCAUAAAAAUGAUGUUAAACCCUGAUCAUUUAAAACGGCCAACAGCCCGACAAUUAUUACAACAUCCAUUUAUUAUUGAAUAUGAAAAUCAUAGACGUCAUGAAUUAAUGAGAAAAAAAUUACAAACAAAAUUUACGGAAACAAUCAAUAUGAUUGAUAAAUUAUUUCUGGAACAAAAAUUAUUAUUACCAUUAUGGUCAUGUAUAAAACAAAUGAUUAAUAUUUUGGCUGUACCAUUUCGAUUUUUAUUAACAAAUAUUCAACAACAAACAAAUUCUGAAAUGAUUCUUGCAUCAUUAUUAAAUCAACCAAAUUCAUCAUCAUCAUCAUCAACGACAUCAUCUUCUAAUUCAAAUAAUCAAGGAAAAACAACAACAACAACAAAAUCACCAAACAAUUAUAAUCGUACAUAUGUAUCAAAUUAUUUAGAUCAAUAUUCAGAUGAUGAUAUGAUGACAAUGACAAUGGAUAACAAUUUAACACAAUCAACAAGAUUUUUAUCUACGAAUCUUUCAUUUGAUUUAUCAUUUGGUUCCAAUUCAGGUGAUGAUGGUGAUAGUAAUUAUGUUGGUGAUGAUAAAAAUCAUAGGUUAGAUGAUUCAUUUGAACAUCGAUUCGAUAAAUUAAGUAAUCGUAAUCUAUGUUCAACGGUAAAUCGUUUAAAUAACCGUCAACAACAAUCACCGUCAAAUUUUGAAAUGACACCAAAAUUAUCACCAUUAUCAUCAUCAUCAAUGAUGAUGAUGAUACCAACAACACCAACAAGUCCAAUAAAUGGAUAUGGUAUUGGUGGUUAUAAUAAAUCAUCAUUAUUAUCAACAGCAAACAAUAAAUCCGUUAUACAACGUUUAACAUUCGAUGAAUUUAGUUCUUCGGAUGAAAUGGAAAUGUCCGAAAAUGAUGACAAUGACGAUAAUGAUAAUGUUAUUAAUGAAGAUAAUAAUAACAAUAACCAUAAUAAUAAUUCAAUUAAAGAAAUAGAUUUAUCAUCACAACAACCGCAACAACAACAACAACAAUCAUCAUCCCAAUCAUCAUCAUCAUCAUUAUUUACAGAUAUUUCUACCGAUGUUAUUGGUAGUUGUUGUUUAUGAUGAUAAUUUUUUUCCUGUUGUUGUUGUUGUUGUUUUGGAUCUAGUCUACAAACGAUCAUCAUUCUUUCAUCAAUAAUCAUCAUUUUUUUGAGAUUCCACUAUUUCUACCUUCUCAUUACCUUUUUUUGGAUAUCCU